CUGCCGGAAGUUACCAUUCAUUCAGUACAUUGGCCUGCCAGACGCAACUUAGUAGCUAGCUGACGCACAUUUGCUUUAAACAAACAUAUGUAGAAAUGUUUAAAAGAAAGCUGACAGCUUUGGACUAUCACAACCCAUCUGGAUUUGAUUGCAAAGAUGAGACCGAAUUCAGGAAUUUCAUCGUGUGGAUUGAGGAUCAGAAAAUCAGACAUUAUAAAAUCGAAGACCGUGGCAACCUGAGAAACAUCCCAAGCUCCGAAUGGCCCAAGUAUUUUGAGACGUAUCUUCAGGAUGUAAAUUGUCCAUUCAGUGUCAAAGAAAGACCAGAGGCAGUUGACUGGUUGCUGGGUCUAGCUGUUCGUUUUGAGUACGGUGACAAUGUGGAUAAGUACAAGAACUGCCCACAAGCCACAGCCACCAGCAACACUGAGAAACCAUCUGAUCCUCUCAUCCAUCUGGACAGCAACAACCCAGACUUUAAGGCUGGUGUCAUGGCCCUGGCUAACAUCCUAAACAUCCAACGGCACGACGACUAUCUUGUGAUGCUGAAGGCCAUCAGGAUCCUUAUUCAAGAGAGGCUCAGCCCUGAGGCCAUACUGAAGGCCAGUCAGUCUAAAGAGGGUCUACCCGUGGCCUUGGAUAAGCACGUCCUCGGCUUUGAUACUGGAGACGCCACCUUAAACGAGGCAGCUCAGAUCCUGCGGCUGCUCCACAUCGAAGAGCUCCGUGAGCUGCAGACCAAGAUCAACGAGGCCAUCGUGGCUGUCCAGGCCAUCAUCGCAGACCCCAAGACCGACCAUCGCCUAGGGAAGGUGGGCAGAUGACCCGCCCCCUGUUCCAGCCAUGUGACCCAUGACCCAAGGGUCACCUGCCCCCCCCCACCCACCCCAGGUAGUCUAAUUAGGACUAUCCCCAGACUAUAAACCGACGGAGAGUCUACAGACCUGUUGUAGCUAAACCCCACCCUACAAAAACCACCACAAAGCCUUUGUUGGAUUACCAUGUUUGUUUUAAGAAGUGGAAGACGAGUCUAUUGGAAUUUUUUUUUUGGUUUUGGAGAAGGAAAAAGCUUUUCCCACUUUGUGGAAUGAAUGGAGAGGGUUUAUAAAACGAAUGAAAUACA